ACUGCUUUCACUCGUAAAGAUCCAAGUUUCAUUGCAUUCUUAUUAUCACUACCGAAACAUUAGGAGCCUUGGCAAGAUUACUUUGGGUGGAAAGGGAGCAUGAUUUGAGGAUCACUCGUCGCCAAUUUUUCAAUGGAAUCCCAAAACACCGACGAAGAGGACCAGUUCUUCGACGCACUCGACGACUUCCUGUUUUUCGAUUGCCUUACCUUCAACCAAUCAGAUCCUUCCACGUCUGAUUUAUCAUCUACCCUCCAUCGUCUCGCCGUCUCUCGCCGAGUAUUCUCCUCCAAGGAACCCGGAUAUUCCUUUCUAGAAGCGUCCACCCUCGAAGACCGUUCGAAAACCAGUUCUAGAGACCCAAGUUGUAAUCCUUACCGCGAUUUGAAGGCAAAUGACGAUACUUUCGAGAUAACCGAGUUAACUCGUAAUGGACUCAACUCCACCUGCGUUAUAGACGAGAAAUGCGACGUCGAAUCCACGGUCACCACCGCGACAAAUGAUGAAUUGGUUGACCGAGCCCGAAAUUCGGUCUUCUCGGGCACUGAACUUAGUCAUGGUGGAUUUCCUGUCUCUUAAUGGUGAAACGCAUGCCAGGUCUAGCCAUCCAUGCAUGCUGAAAUUCAAAAGUGAGCCAAUCCGCCUUCUGCUGACAUUCUUCAAGGUUGCUCCUCUAGUCACUGGCUAUGUUUCUGAAGUGCGGACUUUGAAUCUGAAGAAUAGAGGUUUGAACAAAGGAAUUGUGCCUACUGCUUGCUUAAGGGUAGUACUUGAAUAACGAGCAGAGUACAGGCCGGGUGCUGGUAUUCCUGAACCGUGUGAUGCUUCCCUCAUCCUUCAAGUUAGAACUUCCUUUUAUCAAAAGAAUUAUAUGGUAUUGGAAAAAAACUAUAUUUAUAUGGCUCAGCAUGACAUCAUUUACAAUGGAGUUACUGUUUACUUUAGUCUGUUGUAGACCUAUACAUUGCUCAUUCCAAGAACCAGGAUAAGAGAUGGUUCUGCGUGCCAACAGCAGGUCUACUCCGAAUAGAUUGCUAGCACAGAUUUGAAGCACUGCAGAGUUGACGAUAAUGAUGCAAUUAAAGAUAUACCUUAUGUUUGAUCACUUAAAUUUGGUAGGGCACCUUAACUUUAUUUUUCCACCUAUUAUUUAAUUUUUUCAACCCUGAUGUGCUUGCUUGUAACUACAGUUACUAGUUAUAUAUUUGAUGAGUAACUAUAUUUGGCUGAUUAACUGUUGCAUAGAUGAAGGAAACAAUGCAAAUGAAGAUUUUGCUUUGCUCUGUUAUCUAUGGCAGCAUAAUUAGCCAGAAUGAACUUGUAAUUAUUGUUGUUGAACUGUUGUUGACGAGAGAUUUUCCCUUCAAUUUACAUGUGGUGGGCAAGAUCUUUCUUCUUAAUUUUGUGUGAACAGAAUUUUCAGUUAUCAAGUGGGGAAAGCAAGCUGUUUUAGUUCUAUAGCUGACAUUGCAAAUUGAUUUAUUAAUUAUUAUCAAGGUUUACGCUAUUAUCUUAAGGCCCCUGGUGGUGCAAUGCAGAUAGCAUCUUUUUUUCCUUUUGCCCUCCAGCUUUAGCUCCACCAACACUUGAAGCCAUUCUGUUACGUGCUUGUGAAGUUUAAAAUGACUCAAAAUUGGUUAACUAUUCAGCAUAUCAUUUAUUAGAUGCAACAUCCAACACAAAAUCUUUCUAUAUCCGUACAUAUGAAC